CUAAUCAGAGCUCAGGCUAUGUUGGAGGAAGGCGCUACAUUCUUUAAUUCAUACGUUGCCUUAAAGAUCGCCUCAAUACUCACGGAAUUGCUCGAUCGUCCACCACGACGAGAAAAACUUCUGGCGUACAAUUCAUUCGAGGAUGCUGUGGAUCUUUUUAGAACUCGGAAACGCAUUCUUAUUCUUACUGGUGCAGGUGUUUCCGUCUCCUGUGGCAUACCAGAUUUUCGUAGCAGAGAUGGAAUCUAUGCCCGACUGCACGUUGAUUAUCCGGAUCUCCCUGACCCAACAGCGAUGUUUGACAUUCGCUAUUUCAUUCACAAUCCAGCUCCAUUUUAUGAUUUUGCUUCGGAGAUUUUCCCAGGCCAAUUCGAGCCUUCUAUUUCCCACAAAUUUAUUCGUCAGCUAGAGGUGAACAACCAGCUUUUAAGGAACUACACGCAAAAUAUUGACACCCUUGAGAGGCAGGCAAAGAUCGAGAGAGUAGUGGAAUGUCAUGGGUCGUUCUCUAAAGCAACGUGCUUGAAUUGUUCUACCAAAUUCGAUAUUGACGUGAUAAAGGAUGAUGUCAUGGCCAAGCGUGUCGCACAUUGUCCACGUUGUGCUGUUGGAGUUAUUAAACCCGAUAUUGUCUUUUUUGGUGAGGACCUCGGCAGUGAUUUCCAUAUCCAAAUGGCAGCUGAUAAAGAUGAAGUCGAUCUGCUAGUUGUUAUAGGUUCAUCGUUGAAGGUUCGGCCAGUGUCGUUGAUUCCUUUUAGUGUUGACCGAAAUGUUCCACAAAUCCUAAUUAAUCGUGAACCUCUUUCAUCAUAUCGAGCCGAUAUUGAGCUUCUUGGAAAUUGUGAUGAAAUCAUAGAGGAUAUUUGCAUAGCUCUUGGUGGAGACUUUGCCGAUAUGCUGGAAAGGCAUCGUACGUGUUUUGGUUUCCUUUUACGAAGCAUUUCCUAUAGUCGAAAUUCUGCGAAGACCACACUCGCCAUUUUACAGAUCUCCCCGAACAGGGCGAUCUUUCCUGGGGCUGAACUCUAUUAUGAUCUCGAGGCUGGCGCUAUUUGUCAACCAAUGAGCCAUCGGUAUGUUAUUAUAGUCCGUUACAAUUCUCACAAAGUGAAUGAAUGUAUUUUUUUACAGUUUGGUGUAAGAGAGCUUUUGGCCAAACCAAGGUGA